AUGAUUGCAGAUCUUGAUGCUUGGGUUGAAAAACUCCGUCAGAAAAUUCCGUUGGAGGAGAAUGAACUUGAAUUAUUGUGCCGUAUUGUAAAGGACUUGCUCAUGCAGGAGCCCAACGUUAUUCCCGUUUCCACUCCCGUAACCGUCUGCGGAGAUAUCCAUGGACAAUACUACGAUCUGAAGAAAUUGUUCCGUCUCGGCGGUGAUGUGCCUGAGACGAAAUACGUCUUUAUGGGAGAUUACGUGGAUCGUGGAUACUUCAGUGUCGAAUGUAUCGAGCUGUUCCUCUGUCUGAAAGCGCGCUAUCCGGACCGCAUCGUCCUACUGAGAGGAAACCACGAGGGUCGUCAGAUCACCCAGGUGUACGGCUUCUACGAUGAGUGCAUGCAGAAGUACGGUAGCACCAAUGCCUGGAAGUAUCUGGUGGACAUUUUCGACUGCAUGAGCAUCGCUGCGCUGAUCGACGACAAAAUCCUGUGUGUGCAUGGCGGUCUGUCCCCGUUCAUCCGCACCGUAGACCACAUCAACAGCAUCUACCGCUUCCAAGAAGUAGCCAACGAGGGUCUCUACGCCGAUCUGCUCUGGUCCGAUCCCGAGCCUGACAUCGAAGGAUUCAAGCGCAACUUCCGCGGGGCUGGCUGGAUCUUCGGCGCAGACGUGGCAAAGGAGUUCAAUCAGAUCAACGGUCUGGAGCUGGUGUGCCGAGCUCAUCAAAUGGCUAUGGACGGGUACCAGUACUUCUUCGACAAGGCAGUGUGCACGGUGUGGUCCGCUCCCAAUUACUGCUAUCGAUCGGGAAAUCUGGCGUCCAUUCUGCAGCUGAGCGAGACGCUGGAGAGACACUUUGAAGUGUUCAAGGAGGAAGAUCCGGAUAAGAGAACGUAUCCUGCGGACCAGCCAGUGAGAUACUUGCUUUAA